AUGACUUUGCAAAUGAAUGGAAUUUCAGAGUAUGAUCCUGAAAAGGGGAUUCCAUUGGCCAUUGAUCCAAAUUUAAUUGACAUUCCAUCAAUUACGGCACCAUUAGGAGCAAAUGGAAUUGUUCAUGAUGAUACCGCAAGUAAGGAUAGUGAUAGUACGAGUGUGGAGGAUCAGACUUCUAAAAAGUCACAAAGAUCUCUCAUUCAGAAUCCAUAUGAGCUUUUCGGUCAAAUGUCUUUAGAACAGUUCAUUCCAUUGAUGCUUAAACAAAGAGGCCCUGGUACGAAAUUUGCGGAUAUACACGAAGAUGUGUUACAACAAGAGAUCGAACAGGAACAAAAUCAAGGGCAAAUGUCAUCUGAGGAUAAAAGUGUACAAUUAGGAGAAGUGACUGUCGAUGGUUUGGAGCAAAAUACCUCAGGAAUGGAACAAGAGCAGAAUGUGAAAAAGAAAGAUGGAGAUGGAGAUAUUGAAAUGACUGAUUCGGUAACACAUCCGGAGAAACCUGAAGUAUCCAAUGAAAUUCCAGACGAGCACUUAAAUACUAUACCGAACUCUGAUGAAACUAUCUCCCAUGAGGAAUUCAUUAAUAUUAAAAAGAGUGUGCUUGAACAUGUUACUAUGGCAUUAAAUGAAUCAUCACUAUCUUUGGAAUUCAUCUCCUUACUAUUGAGUUCAACUAGGACAUCUGCCGGCAUUAGCUCAAUGUCUCCUUAUCUGAAAAAAAUAGCACCACCGGCUUCUUUGAACGCGGAUAAAGUGCCAUUAGAAAUGUUAAAUGAGCAUGAUAAAUUGAUAUAUGAUAUAACGCAAAAAGGAUGGAAUCUGCGAAGCUUGGAGGAUUGUAAGAGACUUCUUAAACAACAUUACCAGAUACUUUUGAAAUCUGUGGACAGUGAAUCUACCUACUGGAAUCAAAUUUCUGACAACAUUUCCAACAAAGAUGUUCUUUUCAAGAUGAAAGAUAGAAAUACUGGCAGAAGAACGUUAGGAAUUAAAUAUGGAUUUGAUGACUCUGGAUCAUCUUACACAGCUGAUAAAGGUAUUGCUCUUCUCCGUGCGACCUCAGAAGGAUCUGAAUUAGAACUUGUUCCAGUCCUGGACUCCGAAGCAAACAUGGGCAUAACGAAGUCUUCGCCUGAACAAUUUGUUAGAGUUAGAAUUUUCACAAAAAUUGAACAGGAGGACGACUAUUUACUCUCUGGUCAAAGUUCUCUAAAUGAGAUUUUACUUAAUAACAAUAAAGACAUAAAGUCACAAAUAGCUAGGCUAAGGUUUUUCAUUUUUGAAAAAGAAUUGAUGCAUCAUUUAAAGGUAGAAGCAGGACAACUCUUGCCAUAUGGUGUUUCUGUUGAGAAUGAGAAUAAAGUUGUUCUAGAACUACCAAAUGAAAAAAUCGAAUUUGAACUUGUUAAUCUUGAUGAGGAAGUGAUUUCAAAUUACCAGCAAGAGGCUGCCAAGAUCAACAACAAAAGGGCAAAUCUAAUACUUGUAAUGUUGAACAUGUUGCAGGUGGUCAUGUAUAAAAAACAACUUUGGAAAAGAAUGAACCCAUCCCCUAAUGCCUCAAAGGGACAUAUAACUUAUGGUAAAGACUUGGUGCUCUUGCGUGCAAUCCUUGGCAAGAUUAGACACAAAAGAUACAAACAGCUAAUCGAAAAAAUCAUUCACAAUACAAUCUUGAAUAAAAAAGAAGGACUGAUGAUGACAGUCAAGGAAGAUAUUAUAUCAAACGACAAUGAAUUCAGUAAGAAUAAAGAGCUUGCUACUUUACAGCGUGAGAUUGCUCUCUUUGACAAAGUAUUAUCGAUGCCAAGAACAGAUUUUACUAUUACUAUACCAGAAAAAGGAAAAGUUGAUCUAUCUCUUAGAAGUACAAAUCACUGCAAUGCAGUUGUUUUCAUGAAAUAUGUCAAUGAAGAGGAAGUUGUUAAAUUUGAUACAAAGUUCUCAGAGUUCACUGAAUUUGAGGAAUUCAUGAAUUUUGUUUAUAACGAAUUCUUUAUAUAA